UUUGAUGCUUCUUGCUUAGGUGACUCGGCGGGAGGGGGUCUUUCAGUGUGUGUCUCUGCCUUGGCUUCCUCCCUCUGGUUCUCUCCAUUGAAGACAGAAAGUUAGAUUUUAAAAAACGCAGCAGAGAAGAGCAAAUCCAUGCUCAGACCCCAGACAAACCAAACUCUGGGGCAGUAGUCUUAAUUCUCAGGGACCUUUAAGUGUCUGGAUGCGGCGUUUAUGAGCUAGGAGUAUUUGGUUUGUUUCGUGUGUUUCCCUCCUCCCCCACUUUCUUCCUGGGCGAUUCUUAGAGGUGGGGACAGGAGAGCUGUAGGGCUGAGCCGGGAUCCUUUGCCAGAGCGGUUUCUUCAUUUUCGACGAGGUGGCAGAUAUUUUACUGUAGCCUGAGUUGGGAUCUUGGAACAACGCUCCCCAGCCCAGGACAUGCCAGAGCUGUAAGUCUUUGCUGCCUUCUGUUCCAGCGGAUCUGAUUCCUGCUCUGUAGCUUUCUGAAGGAUUGAAGUUGGGCAUCAUAAGUGACACUCAGCUGCUACCUGACUGCAGACCACAGCAAGAGCUUUGUAUAUAUUUUUCAGUUAAAACGAUAAUGACUUUCUUGGAAUUUAAUCACAGCAGAGCCUGUUUUCCGUGUAGCCUGAAAGAAUGCUUGACUACAAUCAGUAAUUCUUCAGAGAUCUUAUAAAACCACUUUAUGCCAAACAACUGAGUGACUUUGGGUUGGUUAGCAGGAACCUUAAGAAUUAUAGACAACAAUUUACCUUCUGGACUAUUCAGCAACUGCUACCCAGAGCUGUUGUUGCUGAAAUACCAUGUCUAAGAACUUGGAGCUCAUCAAUCUGUCAUUUUUAUUAGAUCAUGAGAAGGAAAUGAUCCUGGGAGUCCUAAAGAGAGAUGAAUAUUUGAAAAAAGUGGAAGACAAGAGAAUAAGGAAGCUGAAAAAUGAACUCUUAGAAGCAAAACGCAGAAGUGGGAAGACUCAACAGGAGACCAGCAGAGUCUGUGUUCACUGUCAAAGACACCUGGGCCUAAUCUUUGACCGUGGUGACCCAUGCCAGGCCUGUUCACUGAGGGUAUGCAGUGCAUGUCGGGUCACAGGCCUUGAUGGCAGCUGGAAGUGCACUAUCUGUGCCAGAGUCUCGCAGCUAAGGAUUAUAACGGGUGAAUGGUUUUUUGAAGAAAAGGCAAAGCGUUUCAAGCAAGUCAAUGUUCUAGGCACUGAUGUUGUCCGGCAGUCCAUUUUAAGAAGAAGUCCAGGAGUUGAAGAAGUACAAAGUCAAGAGCAAACCUACCAGAAUGCAGAAAAGUCAGACACUUCACCUUCUGCUGGGCAGAAGACCAGCCAUGAUGGACCCAAGAGAAAGGGAUUUCUUCUUAGCAAGUUCAGAUCAGCAACCAGAGGAGAAAUCAUAACUACAAGGACUGAAAGUGGACGGAGCUACAGCUUGGACUUAGACAGCCAAAAUUUUCAGAGUUUAAAAUCAGUCUCCAGUUCAGACAGGGGGAGCACUGAUUCAUCAGAUCUCAAUGACCGAGAGGCUGGUCCCGGGACCCCAAAGAGCAGCCGGAGCAGUGGUGUGACCCCAGUCACUCAGAGGUCACCAGCACCAAGCACACGCAGUGUGACUUCCAUCAACAGCAGAGAGCGUGGUUUUGACAGUUCCAUGGUUUUGACUGCCACUGAAAGCACCUCUGAGGAACUCAUAAAAAGUCAUCAUAGAAACACUUCAGGCACACCUUCCAUAGCAGUGUCUGGGACCUCCGUUUCCUCUGACCGCAGUCGAUCUGAGUUAGAUUUGAGUGAGUCAUGCACUGAUGACUUAGAGGAUUCUGUAAGCAUAAGAAGCAAAUCCGUUCCUGGGACUUUAGACAAAGACAUGAACUCUUUGGAAGAGACUGAAGAGGGCAUUGAGGACAUAGUGUCCUCUCAGUUCUCUGCGAACACCCACAGUCUGGCAAGUGGCCUCUCUACGAAUUCUCAAGCAGGAUCUGAAAGAAAAUGGAACUACUUAAAUGUGCCUGAUGCUGACUCAGACACUACCAGCCUUAACAGCAUGAUGAGUGUUUACAGUGAAACAGGAGACUAUGGCAACGUGAAGGUCAGUGGGGAAAUUCUUCUCCACAUCAGCUACUGCUACAAAACCGGCGGGCUCUACAUUUUUGUCAAGAAUUGCAGAAAUCUAGCCAUAGGAGAUGAAAAGAAACAAAGGACAGAUGCUUAUGUCAAGUCAUACCUUCUUCCUGACAAGUCCCGAAACAAUAAGCGCAAGACCAAAAUCAGAACAGGCACUAAUCCAGAAUUCAAUGAAACACUAAAGUAUACUAUCAGCCACACCCAGCUGGAAACAAGAACUCUGCAGCUCUCAGUGUGGCACUAUGAUCGAUUUGGACGGAACAGCUUUCUUGGAGAGGUGGAGAUUCCUUUUGACUCAUGGAACUUUGAAAAUCCAAGUGAUGAGUGGUUUGUGCUUCAGCCUAAGGUGGAGUUUGCUCCUGAUGUUGGCCUUCAAUACAAAGGAGAGCUGACAGUUGUAUUACGUUACAUUCCCCCAGAGGAGAACCUGAUGCUUCAAUCCCCACAACUUGAAGGAAAGAAGACCUUUAAGAAAGGAAAGAAGAAGGAGUCACCUGUAAUCUCUGGAGGAAUACUAGAAGUGCUCAUCAAAGAGGCAAAGAACUUGACAGCAGUGAAAUCAGGAGGCACUUCUGACAGCUUUGUGAAGGGCUACCUGCUCCCAGAUGAUAACAAAGCCACCAAGCACAAAACUCCGGUUGUGAAAAAGAGUGUUAACCCUCAGUGGAAUCAUACUUUCAUGUUCAGUGGCCUGCAUCCACAGGAUAUAAAUAAUGUUUGCCUAGAACUUACCAUCUGGGACAAGGAGGCCUUUUCCAGCAACAUCUUUCUUGGAGGAGUUCGUUUGAAUUCUGGAAGUGGUGUGAGCCAUGGGAAGAAUGUGGAUUGGAUGGACGCUCAGGGAGAAGAGCAACGCCUCUGGCAGAAGAUGGCUGACAACCCUGGGACUCCUAUCGAGGGGGUACUCAUGCUCCGUUCCAGCAUGGGGAAGUGUAGGCUCUGAAGGAAUCAGUUCUCCACGAAUGAAGUCUCCAGGAACUGUCUGCUUGCCAUCUUCUACCCAUAGCAGGCUGGAAUCUGGGGUUCUAGUUCCCUGUUAUUUUUCACCUGAAGGUAUUGUGACAUGAAGGAAGAGAUGUCACUGUUAUGAACAUUUAGGAUCUUGCUGAGUGCCUAAAAAAAUACAUGUACCUCUCUAUGUCCAUAGGCCAGGCCUUCUUCAGUGUUUGUUACAAAAUGCAUCACAUUGUCCAGUCAAUAAGCAAAUUAUGCAAUAGUUCAUAGGCUUUGUACUAACUAUUGUUGAUAUUAGGGAGGGGCUCCCCAGAAUUUUUCUAAUGUGAGUUAUUUUAAAUUUCUUCCAAUGGUUGGAGGAUGAAGGGGACCACUGGGAAGGCAGAUCACUUGAAGAGUCAGAAUAAGGGGUACUGCCACCCGUUGCUCAUCCUAGAUAUUCUCAUGAACCAAAGAAGCUAUGGUGGGGAUGGUUCCUCAGGCAAAGUAGUGGUUGUGUUAUUCUUUCAAAUUUGUGGAUUGACCAGGUAAUGCACCAAGAUGGUCUGACAGAGCUUUCUAUGGUGACUUCACAAUUUAUCAUCUAGAUCAGCCUACUAACCAGAGUGAAAAGAGCUAGAUAAUGACACCAGAAAAUCAGAUGUAAACUAGAAUUGACCAGGGAAACAUGGGAUGUGGCAUCACCCUACUGAUGAUAUAGCUAGUAGAGAACUCUGUCAUAAACAUGUAUUUUAUAAAAUGGUCUAAGCCAUUAACUAAAAGGGAAUAAGGAAUAAUGGUCAGUUUUAUGUCCUUUCACAUUUUGUUCAUUAAGGAGAAUAGUUUAUUGAAAGGUAGGUGUUCUACCGACGGCUUCUUCUGUCCCUCUUCUGCACUGUUAUGGAGAGAUCCAUGGAUUCUAUUCAUUUUUCCCCUCAUUUCUCCUUCCCAGAGUUUUCUUUAGCUCCUUUUAUAGUGGUUAGCUAUUGCCAAAAUAAUGAUGGUUGACAAACCACUCCAAAUGUCAAUGGCGUGGCUUAAAAUGACAAUCCUUUUUGCUCAUGAUUGUGAAGGUUGGCUAAGUGAUCUCUGCUUCUUGCUACAGACAUGAAGGUCUAGAUCAUCUGCUCAAAUCACAUUCUCUUUAUCCCAAAUCAAUAAAAAGAGCAUGGUGAUGGCAGAGAUGCAAUAGAAUGAGUACCACUACUCAAGUGCAUUUAGAUUCCCUGCUUUUGCUGACUAUUGCUAUCCCUUAAGUCCAAGGAAGUCAUAUGGCCAAGUGUAAAAUCAAGAGGCAGGAAAGUAACAUUCUGCCCACAAUAAAGUCAAGAGAAGCAUUGAAGAUACAGGAAGAGAUAAAGAAUUGGGGCCAAUAGUUCAAUGUUUAUGCUUUCUAUCACCUGAAAUUCAAGAUACUUUGGUCACCAAACUUAAAUGCAAAGGUGGUUAAAGCUAGAAGGGUGUUUCAAGCCUGAUUCCUCAUUUGGCAUGUUCCCAAACCCAGGGAGCUGAGGUGACUUGCCCCGGGUCAUACCGAGACUGAAUAUGGACAUAAAUUUUAGGCUAGACUUCUUUCCACUGCCAUCCUUACCAUGAUGCUAUGUUUAUUUAUUAAGGAGGUAAGAAUAGAUUAUUUGAAUAUGUACUUACUUGACCCAAGUAUAUUCUAGAGUCAUAGUCUAGCCCAUUAGCUCAGUUUUUUCACUUGAAUUUAUAUAAAAUUCUUCAAUGUAUAAAUUUAUUAUUAGUAGUAACAGGUCUAAAAUCAGUUUCAAGUUUAUUCUUACUAGUUGUCCUAAAUUUCUAGAUUUCUUCUUGAAUUUUGAAAAUCGAUGCAGGCUUUCUAGAAGGAGUUCAGGAGGAUUCCCUCCCUUUCAAUUGUUUUGAAUGGCUUGAGAAGAAUUUGAAUUAGUUCUUUAAAUGUCUGGUAGAAUUCAACAAUGAAGCCACCCAGCCCUGGGCUUUUCUUUGUUGGGAGGAUCUUUAUUACUGAUUCAAUUUCUGUCUUGGUUAUUGGUCUGCUUAGGUUUUCUGUCUUCAUGGCUCAAUUUCGGUAGAUGGUAUGUGUCUAGGAAUCUAUCCGUUUCUUCUAGGUUUCCUGAUUUGUUGGCAAACAGCUCUUUGUAGUAAUUCCUGAUGAUUCUUUUUAUUUCUGUGAUGUCUGUUGUUACAUUUCCUUUUUCAUCUCUGAUUUUAUUGAUUUGAGUCUUGUCUCUCUCUCUUUUUUUUUUAAGUUGGACCAAUGGUGUCUCAAUUUUUUU